UGGUCAUUCUGGUGCUCAGUGCUCUGUAGUGCCGACCAGAUGGCAUCAGUUCAAAGAGGGAAUGUGCUCGAUGGGAGGGGUCCAGAGUGAUUUUACCUUUUGCUCACUCUGGAUAAGUACAGUUCUUGAAUAGAAGGGAGGGUUGUACCAAUGAUUCACUCAGCAGGCUGGACUACACUCUGUAGUCUUCUGAGGUCAGAUUUAGAAGCUGAGCUGAACCAGACAGUUACUGAAGUACAGAGGAUGGAUUCAAUAAUGGGAGAGUAGAACUGUUUCAGCAGCUCCUGUGGCAGGUUAAACUUCCUGGAAGCAAAGCUUGCUGAGAGUAGGAAACAAUGUGAAGCAGUGCGACUUAGAGCACAGAGGCGCCAUCGGAUGCUAAAAGCUACCACUCUGUGUACACGGCUCAUGCAACUGGGUGUUUCUGAUAGAAGAAUGUGGAUGCUACGAAGACCUCAAGGUGCUGUAUUUUGGACUAAUGUCCUAGAAAACUUCACCGCCGAUCAGUGGCGUCAGCACUUUCGCAUGUCACGCACCACGUUUGAGUUUGUUCUGCAACUUGUUGAGCGAAGUCUGAGACGAAAGUCUACAAACUGGAGAAAGCCACUUGAACCACACCGUAGAUUGGCUAUUGUUUUGUGGUGGUAUGCUACCCCUGGCGAAUACCGCACAAUCAGUUGUCUUUUUGGUGUGGGGCUGUUGACUGUUUGUACUCUGGUUCAUGAAAUGACCAUGAACGUUUUCAAACGUUUCAUCUCCUUGCCCAGAGGAGAAGCUCUUCAAAACACUAUAAAUGGAUUCGCUGAACGUGGGUAUCCAUUAUGUGCUGGUGCAAUAGACGGUAGCCACAUCCCUAUUAUUGCUCCCCAGGAAGAUGCUGCAGCUUACUACAAUCGUAAAGGAUGGCAUUCAAUUGUACUUCAAGCUGUUGUCGACCACAACUUCUGCUUCACAGAUGUGUAUGUAGGCUGGCCUGGCCGCACACAUGCCGCUCGUGUGUUGUCCAACUCUCCCAUUUUCCAAAUGGCAGAAGAAAAUAGUGGCUACCUGUUUCCACGUGAGAACUCAAGGAUUGUGAAUGGAGUUGAGGUUCCUGUCCAUUUAAUUUGUGAUGCUGCAUACCCGCUCAAGAAAUGGCAUAUGAAGGGUUUCACAAAUCACCAAGCGCUGACCCCUCAACAACGGCUGUACAACUACUGACUGAGCUCAGCACGAAUGGUUGUCGAGAACGCCUUCGGACGACUCAAAGGGCGUUGGUGGUGCUUACUGAAGCGCAACGAUGUCAACACCGCACUGAUGUCUGAUGUUGCUGUUUCUUGUGUUCUGAACAAUAUUUGUGAGAUGCACGAAGAAACGUUUCUGCCUGACUGGAACAUCACAGAUGUUUUGCAAGAGCAUGCUCAAGAUGUUUUCCAGGGAGUGGGAGGCUGUAAUGCUCAAGCAAUUCGGGAGGCUAUGAAAACGCUCUUCUAACUUGUUUACACUGUUACAUGCAGGGAUGUAGUGGAGGCUAAACGUACGUAAACGCCGUUUACGCACCUCCCUUAAUUCAGAAAUAGCGUUUACCAACCUCCAAAGUGCGUUUAUCCACCUCUAAAUUGAGUUUAUCCACCUCUAAAUAGCCUACAGUUCCUAUUACAUUUUUA